AUGUUCCGCGCCAGCGACAUUUUCGGCCGACGUCCAGGUUCCGUGCCGGACAAACCCAAGGUGGAGCCGAAGCCGCAGGAUGAGCCGAAAGCUCGCACGUGGGAUCCUGCGACUGGCCAGUUUGUCGAAGAAGAGCUGCCAGCAGAGGUCCAGGAAAUGAUGCGCGCCAAGCGGCCGAAGGUUGCAGAAGGCCCUUUGCUGCCGCCGCCGCCGCCGCCGCCCGCGCCACGGAUGCCUCCGGUGGCAGCAGCGGUGGAAAGGCCCAGCCCAAAGAGGCUGCGGGUGGCACUUAGCGGUUUUCUCAUGAAGGACCUGAAUGGUCAAUAUACUGAGCGGCCAGACCAGCCGAUCCAGGGUCAGGCGAGCGUUUGGAACUCCAGUAUGACCUACUUCAUCUAUUGGCAGCGCUCCAUGGAAAGGUGGGCGAUUUGCGACAGCGGCAGCGUGCAGUCGGCAAGAGACGGGCAAGUUCCAGGCUGGGCAUACCGAAGUGACUCGCAGCACUUUGCCAACAGCAAGGGCUGGAUGGAGGUCAGUGGCAAUGCCUGGAGUCCAGCGAUUCACGUGGUUUGCACUGUGAUUGAGGGCAGCCCUCCGGACAUGGCGAAGGAGGAGCCUUCAGCACCAGGAAGGCCGCAGCUCAGUGUUGCCCAGUACAGGGCCCUCGUUCGACGCGUCUACGAGGAAAAAAACCCAUCGAAGCUGCAGGACUUGGCAACCAUUUUCGACAAGUAUCAGGGCCGCGAGCAGGAGCUCCUUACCCAGGUCUGUGACAAGUACGAGGCGAGCCUUGAAGCACUCAUGGGAGGAGCCAACGGUGCUCCGUCUCCGGCGAAUUCUUCUGCGAGCUGCGAGCGAGCUGAAGGCAAAGAUCAGGACGGCGAAAUGCCGGAGCUUUCGGCGCGAGAGUUUGCAAUCCUUGUGCAAGGCGUCUAUCAGAAGCACAAUCCUGCAAAACUUGCUGAUUUGGCUAGACUUCUCCAGAAAUUCAGGGGUAUCGAGAGGGAGUUUUACCUUCAAGUCUGUGAUAAGUAUGGCGUGCAGCCCGUCAAGUUCUACAAGGAGGAAGGCGCUCGCAUACUUUCAGAGUCUGACCUGUAG